AAGAAGUGGGGCAGGAAUAAAUCGAAGUUAACUUCACCCACCUUCUUUGCCGUUCAUCGAAAAAUAUAGCAAUUUCGAUCUACCUUGUUUAUCCCUUUCAUGUCUUUGCCUCACAAACAAACAAGUAAUACGUAUCAGUACUGUGCUUCCACCCUCAUCCUCCAUUAAUGCAUCAACGAACUUUCGACCUCAAUCGACACAGUCCCAUACCCAAUUAUGGGGUAUCUUACUCUCACCCAUUAUUAUACCAAAACCCUAGAAUAAGAAUUUCCGACUUCAAAACCAACUGCUACACUCACCAUAAUCAUGUCAUUAGAACUCAUGUCCCUGUUAAUUGCAUAAGUUAUGGACUUGAUGUGUCCGUUUCGAAGCAUCGCCGUCUUUCUUCCGUCAAUUUCUCCGGAAAGAAAGAAUUUGAUGUCGCCACCCUUGGAAACCUAUGUGUUGACGUUGUGCUUAAUGUUCCCAAUUUGCCCCCUUCGUCCUUUGACGAACGUAAAAAUUACAUGGAACAGCUUGCUAAAUCGCCUCCUGAUAAGAAACACUGGGAAGCUGGUGGUAACUGCAACAUGGCUAUAGCAGCAGCAAGAUUGGGACUUCGUUGCAUUGUGAUUGGUCAUGUUGGGGAUGAAAUAUAUGGAAAAUUUCUCUUGGAUGUUCUUGAAGAUGAGGGGAUUAAUCUGAUAGGGAUGAGAGAAGAUGAUGAUAUAAUCAACAGUUCCAGUAGUGCAUACGAGACACUUUUAUGUUGGGUCUUGGUGGAUCCUUUACAAAGACACGGGUUUUGCAGUCGAGCAGAUUUUAGCAAGGAGCCUGCAUUUACUUGGUUGAGAGCAUUAUCUGAUGAAGUAAAGACGAAUAUACAAAAGUCAAAAGUCCUUUUCUGUAAUGGCUAUGGCUUUGAUGAGCUUCCUGCAAAUCUGAUUACUCAUGCCCUUGAGUAUGCUGUUGAAGUUGGAACAUCAAUCUUUUUUGACCCUGGACCAAAGGGAAAGUCUCUUGCUAUUGGGACACCUGAAGAACGAGAAGCACUUGCUAAGUUGCUGAGGUUUAGUGAUGUUCUUCUUCUAACUUCAGAGGAGGCUGAAUCAAUGACUGGGUUGGAUAACCCAAUAGCAGCUGGAAAGGAGUUGCUAAGUAAAGGAGUCCGGACAAAAUGGGUGAUCAUUAAAAUGGGAUCAAAGGGCUCUAUUUUAAUCACCAAAUCAGGCAUUUCAUGUGUGCCUUCAUUCAAGGUGGAAGUGAUGGACACGGUUGGAUGUGGAGACAGCUUUGUGGCUGCGAUUGCAUUUGGUUACAUACACAAGAUGCCAUUACUUCAUACAUUAACAAUAGCCAAUGCAGUGGGUGCAGCAACAGCCACCGGUUGUGGGGCCGGGAGAAAUGUUGCAAACUUACAAAAAGUCAAGCAGCUCAUCAAGGAGUCAAACCUCAAUGAAGACAAUAGUUUUUGGAACAAAUUACUCGAUCAAAAUUUGAACAAAAAAGAAGACAUCACAAUUCUGUCAAAAACAACUGUGAACAAUGGAUUUUUUAAACAUGUAACCCUUCAAAAGGUGGUUAGUGAGGUUCUUCAUAAGCUUGAGGUUCCAUUAGCAGACAGAAUAUUGUCUUCUUGAAGAAUUCUUAUUGAGUUUUGUGUAUUUUUAAUUGUUUAGAGCAGGAACUGGAAUUGUUAGUCACUCAGAUUUGAUGGUAUCUAUGGGUUUUGGUUGUCGAGCAGUGAAACUAUUGCUUGCUCAUUAUUAUUAUUUUUUUCACACAAGUGAGAUUUUGUUGUUUUUCA